CAAAGACUUUUCCUUAUUUAUAUGAAUUUUCGGAUAAAACGUACUUCCCCCGUCGUUCGCCUCUAUUUAGGUGAUAUAUGUACCGGCUAUUUAGAAUUUAUACACAACAGGCAUGCGCGCAUUGUACAAUCUAACCUUUAUAAACAAAAUUUUGAACAAUAAUAUUUUGUUCCAACGAUAAGAGUAUUCUAAUUUAAUACUAAUAAGAGUAUUCUAAUUUAAUACGUUUAACAAUGAAAACAAACGCUUCAAAAGAACAAAAAACAAAAAUCUUACGCGAAAUACACUCAGGAUCGUUAGAAACCCUUACUUAUAUGAAAGAAACAUCCCCAAAUGUUCAUUGGUCAGAAAUUCGCUAUGAAAAAACUGGGGACACCAUACUACACGUAGCAGCACGUUUAGGUUUGGUGGAAAUCGUUAAAACCUUAUUAAAAGACUAUACUCCAAAAAAGACGGAUUGCAAAAAUAAUGACGAUAAGACUCCAUUACAUGAAGCAGCUCAGUUUUCUAAAUAUUGUGUUUGUGAGGUCUUAUUGGAGAAUAAUGCAAAUAUUAACGCGUUAAAAAGGGCUGAUUGGACUCCUUUAAUGUUGGCCUGUACAAAGGCUGGUUCGGAAGAUAGCUAUAAGACUGUUGAAGUGUUAUUAAGUCGUGGCGCUUUGGUUAACUACGAAAAUAAAGACGGUUGGACUGCCUUGCACCUUAUUAGUCGUGAAGGUGACGAAAGCAUUUUAAAAUGUCUGAUAAAAUAUGGUUUAGAUGUCCAAAAGGUUACUAAAAAUGGUAGGACUGCUUUACACAUAGCGUGCCUCCAUAAUCACUUGAAUAUUGUAAUUACUUUACUUGAUUUGGGCUUGGAUGUUAACUGUAAAGACAAAUGUGGUAAUACACCCUUACAUGAGGCAGUCCUAGGCAAUUCUUUGCCUGUAUUUCAUUACUUAGUGGGCAGAAGUGAUGUGAAUGUGUUAGAACGAAAUAAUUCAGACUUUACUAUCUUACAUUUGGCAGCUAGUGUUGGUAGUGAGGACCUUAUAAAAUAUAUUAUUAAAAGACUAAAUUUUAACGCUAAUAUUACUACAAAAAUUCAGUUAACACCUUUACAUUGCGCUGCAAAAAGCAAAAAAAUUAGGGCUUUUGAACUGUUAGUUGAACUGGGUGCCAAUGAGAGUAUUAGGGAUAAGUUUGAAAGACUUGCUAAAGAAUAUUUAUAGUUCAGGUGAUACAUUUCUUAAUUUUUU